UGAGGCAGACUCCAUCUCAGAAGGGCCAACUUCACACACAUACACACCCCAACAAGUCCUUAUCUUCCCUGGCCAGAUCUUCCCAUUCCUAGUUCCUCAUCUAGAGAAACCCACUGGACUAAAAGCCACCCCCCCUUUCUUUUCAUUCAUUCUGCCCCUAAGGGCCAUAGAGGUAGAAAGAGGUGAAUCCUAAGACCUUCAACUGACCCUUUUCUUCCCUCACUACAGGAAGACGAUGCUGCAGUAGCAGCCACAAUGCCCUCUCUGCUGGGCAGUGUGGCACUCAACGCCUCAGAACCCAGGGAUUACUGUUACAGUGCCCGUAUCAGAAGCACCGUACUCCAAGGGCUGCCUUUUGGGGGAAUUCCCACAGUACUUGCACUUGACUUCCUAUGCUUUCUUUUAUUGCUGUUCCUAUUCUCUGUCCUGCGCAAAGUGGCCUGGGACUAUGGACGACUGGCCUUGGUUACCGAUGUCGACAGACUUCGACGCCAGCAGAGAGAUCGAGUGGAGCAGGAAUAUAUGUCCUCAGCAACACAGGCAGACAGCCAUGACCGCUAUGAACGCCUCACUUCUGUAUCCAGCUCCGUGGACUUUGAACAGAGAGAUAAUGGUUUCUGCUCCUGGCUGACAGCCAUCUUCAGGAUAAAGGAUGAGGAGAUCUUGGACAAGUGUGGGGGUGAUGCAGUACACUACCUGACAUUCCAGCGGCACAUCAUUGGUCUGCUUGCGGUCGCAGGUGUUCUCUCCGUGGGCAUUGUGCUUCCUGUCAACUUCUCAGGGAACCUGCUGGAAAACAACCCCUACAGCUUUGGGAGAACCACCAUUGCCAACCUAGACUCAAGUAACAACCGGCUAUGGCUGCACACCUCUUUCGCCUUCCUAUACCUACUACUCACUGUGUAUACUAUGCGAAGACAUACCUCCAAGCUGCGCUAUAAAGAAGAUGACCUGGUGAAGCGCACCCUCUUCAUCAAUGGCAUCUCCAAGUAUGCAGAAUCAGAAAAUAUCAAGAAGCACUUUGAGGAGGCGUAUCCCAACUGCACAGUGCUUGAAGCUCGUCCUUGCUACAACGUCGCCAAACUGAUGUCUCUGGAAGAUCAGAGGAAGGAGGCAGAACGAGGAAGGAUAUACUUCAGCAACCUGCGGGCCAGAGAGAGCACUCCCACCAUGAUCAACCCCAAGCCUUGUGGGCACCUCUGUUGCUGUGUUGUACGAGGCUGUGAAGAGGUGGAGGCCAUCCAGUACUACACGGAGUUGGAGCAGAAGCUGAAAGAAGAGUACAAACAGGAGCAGGAGAAAGUGAACCAAAAGCCACUGGGCAUGGCUUUUGUGACCUUCCACAAUGAGAGCAUCGCUGCCCUUAUCCUAAAGGACUUUAAUGCAUGUAACUGGCAAGGCUUUACGUGUCAGGGGGAGCCCCGGAGCUCAUCCUGCAGCGACUCCCUGAACAUCAACAACUGGACGGUCUCUUUUGCCCCUGACCCUCAGAACAUCUACUGGGAGAACCUCUCCAUUCGUGGCUUCACCUGGUGGUUUCGAUGUCUGAUUAUCAAUGUGGUGCUCUUCCUCCUGCUGUUUUUCCUCACCACUCCUGCCAUCAUCAUCACCACAAUGGACAAGUUCAAUGUCACCAAGCCUGUGGAAUUCCUCAAUAACCCUAUCAUCACCCAGUUCUUCCCCACUUUGCUGCUGUGGUGCUUCUCAGCCCUGCUCCCCACCAUCGUCUACUACUCCACCUUCCUAGAGAGUCACUGGACACGCUCUGGAGAGAACAGAACAACCAUGCACAAAUGCUACACCUUCUUGAUCUUCAUGGUACUGCUGCUGCCUUCUCUGGGCCUGACCAGCUUGGACUUCUUUUUCCGCUGGCUCUUCGACAAGAAGUUUUUGGCUGAAGCGGCCAUUCGGUUUGAGUGUGUGUUCCUGCCGGACAACGGCGCCUUCUUUGUCAACUACGUCAUUGCCUCGGCUUUCAUCGGCAAUGCCAUGGACCUGCUGCGAAUCCCAGGGCUGCUCUUAUACAUGAUCCGUCUCUGCCUCGCCCACUCCGCCGCUGAAAGGCGCAACGUCAAGCGGCACCAGGCCUACGAGUUCCAGUUUGGCGCGGCCUAUGCCUGGAUGAUGUGCGUCUUCACGGUGGUCAUGACCUACAGCAUCACCUGCCCCAUCAUCGUACCCUUCGGACUCAUGUACAUGCUGCUGAAGCAUCUGGUGGACAGAUACAACCUAUACUAUGCAUACCUACCGGCCAAGCUGGACAAGAAAAUCCAUGCUGCGGCUGUGACCCAAGUGGUGGCGGCACCCAUCCUCUGUCUCUUCUGGCUCCUCUUCUUCUCUAUCUUACGUGCCGGGUUCUUGGCCCCCACGUCCAUGUUUACGUUUGUGGUCCUGGUCAUCACCAUUGUCAUCUCUCUGUGUCACCUCUGCUUUGGAUACUUCAAAUAUUUCAGUGCCCACAACUACAAGAUUGAACACACGGAAGGAGGGGAUGCCGUUGAUGGCAGAGGCAAUGGUUCCCGCUCUGCUGUCAAAUCUGCAAAGUACAUCGCUCAGGUCCUGCAGGACUCCGAGGAAGACAGGGAUUCGGGGGACUCUGGGGGUUCUGGUGGCUCCGGGGGCUCUAGGAUCUCCGAAGUGUCUGGUGUGUCCGGGGUAUCUGGGGCCUCUCCAAAUCCCAGAGGCAUGAAGGAGGCCCCCCCAUUAUCCUUGGGGCACGACGAGGAGACUCUGAUCACCCAGGAGGAGCUCUCAGACACAGACUUCCAAUCCUACGUGGAGAGCCUCAUAGAGAAUGAGAUCCACCAGUGAGUGGAGGGGGAGGCCCUGGUGGCUCAGCCCCUGCUCCCAGCCCUUCCUCUCCCAACCCACCCCCACGGACACUAAAACGCUAAUAAUUUAUUAGAUUUAAAGCCUCUUCCUUCCCCCCACUCCGCUUUAAUUAAGGUAUUUCAACCUUGGGAAUAUUGCCCAUUGCCUCCCUCCUUGGAGGCCAGCUUCUCCCCUGAACACCCUCCUCCCCUGCCCAAAGAGGAGAAUCGCCCCGAGCUGGCCCCGGGGCAAAGUGGAGGGGGGGCAACAGGGAGGUCCCCCCAAACCAGGGGCCCUUCCCCCCCACCCAGGGCAAUGGCCAGAAUGGGGUUAAUGAGAGCCGUGAGGGGCCGCUGGCUGGAGGCCUGGCGGGGGGGGGGCAGUGUGAACAAAGGGAUGGACUUGUACCCCUUCAGUUCCCAAUCCUGCACCAGGCCCUGAGGCGUGGGGGGCACCUCUAUCUUAACCUACCCCAGUUGGGGGUUGCAUGAGAAGAGAGGGGGGCCAAGUGGGAAGUGGAGCCUAUUUGUCCCCAGGUAGUGGGGAAGGAGUCUGGGGGGAGGGGGAGGGGCACAGCUGACACUGGAAAAUGGGGUUUUGCACUUUUUUUUCUCCUUUAAAAUAAAAAUGAAAAGAAACAGGU